AAUGAGUUCGCCUCGACAAAUUGAAUGGAAGUUUCUCUUCACAAGUAAUCAAACACUUGUUUGCCGGUAAAAUCUGCUUCUUUAAUCCUUUAUCUUUGCAUGACCAAUUGACCCCCCCUACUUUAUUUCUUCUUUAUCCCCAUCCACUUUAACUUGAACCUUAAAAAUCUUAUAACCGUUAAUCCUUCCCAUUUCCCACUUUAGAAUAUAAGAUACCAACCAUACCUUAAAUUAAAACUUCCCACUUUCGUACUCUACUACCUAUCUUCAAAAUUUUCAACUCAAAACUCCCCAACUAAAAGAAACACACAACCAAAAUAGAAAAAAAUAAAUGGGACUCCUAGGCGACAUAAUAGGCAAGGUGAAGGACAAGGCGUCCAUAGGCAAAGCAGCUCUCCUAUCACGCAACCACACGACGGCGGCUCUUCGUCUAACAGUCCUACGCGCCACCAGCCAUGAAGCCGACGCGCCACCGCCGGACAACCACCUUUCAGCUAUACUCGCAGCUGGAGACGGUCCACGCGCUGCGGCUGCUGUUGUGAUCGACGUCCUCAUGCGGCGGCUACACAAGACCUCCGCCUCCGCGGUGGCCAUCAAGUGUCUCUUAGCCAUCCAUGUCAUCGUUCGACGUGGCAACUUCAUCUUACACGAUCAGCUUUCUGUCUACCCCGCAACUGGCGGGCGUAACUACCUUAAACUCUCCGAUUUUCGAGACAACUCAUCUCCCAUAACUUGGGAGCUGUCCACGUGGAUCAGGUGGUACGCUAAAUACCUAGAACAAAUCCUAUCAACUUCUAGGAUUUUAGGGUAUUUUUUAUUUUCCACGUCGUGUAGUUUAGAAAGAGAGAAAGCAAAGGAAAUAAUUGCGUCUCUUUUAUGCAAAGAUUUAUUAAGAGAGAUUGAUGGGUUAAUUAAUGUGCUAGAAGAAAUAUGCAAAUCUCCUGAUUGUGUUCAUUUGGAGGGAAAUAAAUUGUUGCUUGAAGUGAUGGGAUUUGUGGGUGAAGAUUAUUUUACAACCGUUGAUGAGAUAGUGAUCCGAGUUGAGGAGUUUAAGGAGCGGCUGAGUUGCCUCAGUUUUGUUGACUCGGUGGAGUUGGUGUGCGCACUAAAAAGGUUAGAGGAUUGUAAGGAGAGACUUGGCACGAUGUUCGAGGUAAACGGGUCGGGUUUAGUUGAGGAUUUGUGGGGAUUAGUGAGUGAGAUGAAGGAUAAAGUAGGAGAAGUAAAAGGGUUUAAAGAGGAGAAGAUGGUGUUGAGUUGGGGUAGGUUUGAGUCGGCUCGGUUUGGGGACCGAGAUAAUAAGGCUCAUGACUCGGUCCAAUUUGCUUCGAAUCGGUUUGCAUUUCAGUUUGCUUAUGGUGAGCUUGUCCGGUGAGCUUAUUUCUCUUGGUUAGUUUAGAAAGUGAUGCACCUUACUCUUUUUUUUCUUUUUUUUUUUCUUUUUUUUUUUUUAGUUUUUGUAUGUAAAUCUCUGUAUUUUAGAGAGAAAAUCUUACUGAUUUUGUUCCUUUUACAUUUGUUAUAAUUAUUAAAAGGUAUGAUAUGUUUGUAUACUGUUGUUUGUAAGCCAAAGUCCAAAUGCGUUGGACUUUUUUUUUCUUUAAUUGUAAUAUCUAAGUGAAAAUAUUGCUUAUUAGCGGACCCCGGGGAUGAAAAUUGAAAAGGGUACUCGGGAGAACUGAGAAGUACGUAUUAAAAAAUUUAAGCUGAAGGUGACUACUUUAGACGUUGUAGUUUAGUGUAAGUGAGAACCCAAAAACCCACUUGAGGCUAGAGCAUAAUAUGAUUCUGUAUGUUUUUGUUUUUUUUUAUGUUUCUACUAUGGUCAUAAUAAAAAUAAUCAUGAAAUUUUAGUGAAUUAAAAUGAUGGGCUUAUAUUUUAUAACUUAAAAUUAUUAUGAAUCACUAGAUUUAUAUGAUCACC